AUGGAGACUCAAGAUAUCUUCGUUUUUCGUGAUGUUAUCUUUAACGAAGAUAUUUUUCCAUCCAGUUCAUCUACUGUCCCCGAUCAGCUUGUUGCAUCUCCGGUUCUACCACUGCCGCUUGUCUCACUGAAUGAAUCAGUUGAUGACACUACACCUGAAGCUCCACAGAUUCAAGAUGCUUUGUUUCACUUGGCCGUUAAUAGUGAUAAUCCGAAAAUAAGAAGCGAGGCAGAGUCUCUUGCAAUGAGCGAAACCCAUGGAAUUGGGAGUUUUGAGUUUUUGUUUGGGAUGAUUAUUUGGUAUGAACUCUUGUUUGUUGUUAACAAGGUAAGCAAGCUCCUCCAGUCAGAAGAUAUGGAUAUUGAUAUUGCUAUUGCUCAGCUGAAAGGUCUUAUUUGUUUUUUUAGAAACUAUAGAGAUACAGGGUUUCAAGCAGCAAAAAUAGAAGCUGAACGGAUUGCCGUAGAUAUGAAUAUUGAUCCUGUAUUUUUGGGGAAGGUAAAGCGUUCGAGCAAAAAGAAAAGGUAUCAUGAUGAAGAGCCUGAAAAAAAUGGGGAAAAUGUGAUAUUGACACUAGAAGAAGAUUUCAGAAUCAAUUACUUCAUCAAAAUCGUUGAUCAAGGUUUGGUUUCUUUUGAAACAAGGUUUGAUCAGCUUCAAAGUUAUGAAAAGACUUUUGGAUUUUUAUUUGACUUAAAGAAGCUGAAGUUAGCGGAUGAUGAUAAGUUGAAGGCUUCUUGUGCUAACCUUGAAGUUUUCCUGAAGCAUGACACUCAUUAUGAUAUUGAUGGUAAUGAUCUAUUUCUGGAGCUGAAGCUUUUAAAAGGAUCUUUACCUAAAGAUAUUAAAAAGGUUGUUGAGGUUUUGGAUUUUCUUAAACAGAUGGAAAGUUGUUAUCCCAAUACAUGGACUACAUAUCGCAUAAUGAUGACGAUUCCCGUUUCUGUUGCUUCUGCGGAAAGAAGUUUUUCAAAAUUGAAGCUCAUUAAAUCUUAUUUAAGGUCGACUAUGUCACAAGAUAGGCUGAAUGGAUUAGCGAUGAUGUCCAUUGAAAGGAGUUUGGCGGCAAAACUUGACUAUGAAACCUUGAUUGAUGAGUUUGCAACAAAGCUCCAGCGACGCAUGACCGCAAGGUUCAGGACGGUUCCCACCCCAGAAGGGGAAACCCGCGGUAAUGUUCCCACACUGAAACUGAAUAGUCUCACACCACGCAAGCCCUUCUUUGCUUGA